AGAAAAGGGGGGUACUUGAAGAGAGAAGGAAUUGUUUUGUAUAAGAAACGCAAACAGUCUUCGAAAAUGUUUCUUCCUUCAUUCAUGCCUCAAUGCAUAACUCACAUGGCGAUUUCAAUGGACGCAAUAAUGAUGAUGCUCGCGUAAUAGACGUCCAAUUUUCUCCAUACGGAACUCAGAUUGCGGCGCCGGUUGAAAUUCCUUCACCGUUGAUAUUCGAAACAAUCGAAUCGUAUGGACCAUAUCGUUUUGAUGCACAGUUGAGUUUGUUUUGAAUCGGAUUGCGGGAAAACCGGACGAUUUCUGGAACAUAUACAGGGAUUUUGUCAGCUGUAGAUCUGUUCUAGGUCGAUUUUCGUUUGUUUGUUGUUCUGUUGUAGGCUAAAGUGGGAGAAUGCGACCGGAAUCGGCGUCGGAACACAACGAUGCCGAUGCUGGGGCAGAAUUUGUGGAGGUCGAUCCAACCGGUCGAUACGGUCGGUAUAAAGAAGUAUUGGGGAAAGGAGCGUUCAAAAAAGUUUACAGAGCAUUUGAUGAAUUUGAAGGGCUGGAGGUGGCCUGGAAUCAGGUUAAACUUUCUGAUGUAAUGAAAAGCUCCUUCGACAUGGAGCGGCUGUUUUCUGAAGUGAACUUGCUUAAAACUCUCAAGCACAAAAAUAUAAUCAAAUUGCACUACUCAUGGGUGGACGAAAGGCACGGGCAGAUCAACUUCAUCACUGAAAUUUUCACAUCCGGGACUCUGCGACAGUACCGGAAGAAACAUAAUCACGUUGAUGUUCGAGCACUUAAGAAGUGGUCUCGACAAAUUCUAGAGGGGGUUUUGUAUCUUCAUAGUCAUGACCCCCCAAUUAUUCACCGGGACUUGAAAUGUGAUAAUAUAUUUGUUAAUGGGAAUCAAGGGGAGGUAAAAAUUGGAGAUCUUGGACUUGCUGCUAUCCUUCAGCACACUCGGGCGGUUCAAAGUGUCAUAGGCACCCCGGAAUUUAUGGCGCCAGAGCUUUAUGAAGAGGAAUAUAAUGAACUUGUGGAUAUAUAUUCCUUUGGUAUGUGCUUGCUGGAGCUUGUGACCCUCGAGUAUCCAUAUUCCGAAUGCUCCAAUGCAGCUCAGAUAUAUAAAAAAGUUACUUCUGGUAUCAAACCCGCUUCGCUAGAAAAAGUGAAGGAUCCUGACAUCCGGCAAUUCAUAGAAAAAUGCAUUUCCAAAGUAUCUGAUCGGUUGUCAGCUGGAGAACUACUGAUGGAUCCAUUUCUCCAAGAUGUUGUUUCCAGGAGCAGCCGACCUCAGGAGCCCUCUGUUGCAGAGGGAAGCAGAGACUUUACGGUGGAAGGUCAACGAAAAGAUCAUAAUACAAUAUUCCUCAAACUUAAAGUACCGACUUCAACAGGUGAGCUUCGGACUAUUCUUUUCCCGUUCGAUAUCGACGAGGAUACAUCCGUCGCUGUUGCAAGUGAAAUGGUCGUGGAACUGGACGUGGGAAAUCUCGACAUAUCAGCUCUGUCAUCAAUGAUCGAUGGAGCAAUCAAAUCCCACAUUCCUGAUUGGGGACCCCGACAACUUUCUCAAAACAACAGUUUCAUUUCCGACGAUGCGCAUGAACCUAACGACAAUCCCUCCCCCACCCCACCAGCAGCAAAUAACCCGACCUCCCCUGUUCCUCUUGUUAUGGAGAGACUCCCAUCUGGUCGCAAAAUCUGGUGUGAUUCUCCUAAAGGCAGCGACGCCUCUCCUCUGAGGCAGGUCGAGCAUGAUCAGGGCUGUAAUGAUUCUGGAAAGCGCGACGUAACUUAUAAUGAGGCUGAAUCGAGCAAUAAUAUCAACACGACUAUUGAGAAGCUCGAGCAAAUGCUGGAUGCACAGGGAAAGGAGCUCGAUGAAUUGAAGCAGAAGCAUAAAGACCAGAUUCGCGAUCUUUUGAUGGAACUUUCGCCGGAGGCUCAAAAGAACGUUCUCAAUAUUUAUAACAGGGAGAUGUCGGGAAAUUAACUGCGAAAGCCAGCGGGGAAUUCUGAUUCUGGAUCGCCGGGUACGCCUUGUGUUCAUACUCAUGCACUUUCUUCGUCUUUAAUUUGUUUUGCGCUUUAAUAUACUGAAACAAUGUGGAGUUUUACGGCCCUUUUGGCGUAGAUGGGGAGCCGGUUUUAGUCGAGAUGACCGUGUAGUAUAUGAACCUAUCGCCUCCUCGGCUCGACGAACUAUUAAGGCAUAAAAACACUACUGGAUUUUUUUCGUUUUGGCUGUUUCUAAAUAUAGGUUAAGAAAGCAUAGCUGCUCUGCUUUAGGUGUGUUUUUUUGGUUAUUUUUAUUUUUAUAUUUAUAUUUAAAAUAUUAUAUCCAGUACUUAAUAUGUAACAUAAUAUUUAGAGAAAAAUGAUUUGAUAACAUUGGGUUGCGGUUGGAUUCAGCAUUGUGCUGAACAAUACCUAACAAAUAGCAUAUACGGUAACGUUGGUGACACAUUAUUUAUUAAUAUAAUACAAACACAACAUAUGAAUUAACAACAAUCAAAGAUCUAGCAAACAACACAUGGUAAUGUUAGUUACAACAUACGGUAAUGUUAGUGACAACGCAUAAUUUAAAUGAAACAUGAUAUAGUUUCAUACAACAUAUGCAACAAUUCAUUUCAGCACAUGACAUACACUUGCAUAGCACACAUCUAAAUAUAAACAAACAACAUAUGUCAUUAUAAAAAAUAGUACAUGUUAUUUUUAACAAAAACUUGUGCUGUUUUGAUAUUUUAUAGGUGCCAAUAUGCAAGAUACUAAUUUUUUCAAAUCAGCACUAGCAGUGUAACCUUCCCUUGGAAUGUCAUAGAAGAAUAGUGCCCAAGGUUUGAGAAGUAUCCGUAUAAACACAUGUUUGAUCUUUAGUUUAGCUCUACUAGUAAAAUAUUCUUUUUUAAACUUUUUGUUUUUUGGUUUAUGAUGCUGCAUAAGCUCUUAUAAAAGCUUUUGGUUUGGGUUAGAUUAGAGAUUUUUAGAAAUUCUGAAAUGUUGAAAAAAAAAAAAAUACCAAGGGCGUAUUUUUUUUAGAUUUUCUCUCAUUUUAUCGUCACUAUAUUUUACUUUUUAAUUAUUUUUAUAUUAUUUACAUAAUAUUUUAUAUUUUAUAUAAAAAAAAUCCACGGCCACUUCUCUCCGUAAGACAGUUAGCCCUAAAAUAAUUUUUUAUAUUUUAUAUAAAAUAUAUUCAAUCGUCAUUUAAAUUUAUGUUUACUUUUUUUUUUGGGUUAUCAUCGAAAAAUAUUCUCAUUUCAUUUUUAAGUAAAAAAUUAUUUUAUUUUUUACUAUUUUUUAUUAUAAAAGAAAAAAUUAUCGAACACAGAUUUGCAUGACGAAGAGAGUAUAUCUCUUCAAAUUAUUUUACAAAACCACUUCUCUCCAUCAGGCAGUUAGCCCUAGAAUUCGGGUUACUCGCUAGUAUAUUUUUAUUGAUUUGUUGAAUGUGAGAAUGGAAAAAAGAAAAGAACUUGAAGGAUGAUAAACACAAACAAAUUCACGCCUUUGUUUAUUUUAUUAUUCCAUCCAACUUCCGAAUUUUCUUUGUUUGGAUUUCUCCCUUAUCAAUUUGAAUCUCAAUUGUGAUUCUGCCCUAUAAAUGCCCUAGUUGUGAGCUCGCAGAAUCACAAUACAAUACAAUACAACCAAAAUGCUUUGUCAUCACGUCAUGUUACGUUAUAAAUGUAUGUUGUUUAUGUGGACUCCAAUUUCAACCAGACCUAUUGGGCCAUCAAGAAUGACGUAGGCCCAAUAUCAAAUAUAGUAGGCCCAACAAUGACAUAGCCCAUUCUACCAACAAACGAGACCAACCAAUAACCGGAAAACUGACCGACACCAAAUAAUUAAAUUUAUAUCAAAUAUUUCAACCCGAUUAUAUAUACGAAUUGA